GGUCCUGGACUUCGGUCCCAGGCGACGUUACGGAAUGGCCUCCGUGAGGAUCCGAGAGGCCAAGGAGGGAGACUGUGGAACUAUCCUAAGAAUGAUUCGGGAACUAGCUGAGUACGAGAAACUCUCAGAUCAGGUGAAGAUCAGUGAAGAAGCCCUGAGAGCAGAUGGCUUUGGAGAGAACCCUUUCUUUCAUUGUUUGGUAGCAGAGAUUCUUCCUGCCCCAGGGGAACCACAAGGGCCUUGCGUGGUGGGCUUUGGGCUGUAUUACUUCAUCUACAGCACGUGGAAGGGACGAAACAUUUAUCUGGAAGACAUCUACGUGAUGCCAGAAUAUCGGGGUCAGGGGAUUGGUUCCAAAAUAAUAAGAAAGGUGGCUGAGGUGGCCCUGGAUAAGGGCUGCUCCCAGUUCCGCCUGGCAGUCCUUGACUGGAACAAGGGGGCCAUGGACUUGUACAAGGCCCUGGGAGCCCAAGAUCUGACUGAAGCUGAGGGCUGGCACUCCUUUCGUUUCGAAGCACAGGCGAUGAGAGUGCUGGCUGGAAAGUGAUGCUGUCCACCCCUUAGGGAUCUCUGUGUUUCCCCACCACCUCAAACACUCCUCAGAGAUCAUGUCCACAGACAUGAAAGAAGUGUUGGGAGAGGACUUGUUGGCAGUGAAAAAUAAAUGAGAAAUACAUCCUAAUAUGGUGUUGCCCAGAUCAAUUGAUGAUGCCAUAAGCUUCAGCCUCUUUACAACCCUUCCAGAAUGUUCUGGUCAGGAGGCCAAGAAGGGAGACUGUGGAACUAUCCUGAGAAUGAUUCAGGUGAAGGAUGUGCAAGGGGUUAACAAUAUAUCAUAUCAUACUUACUAUGAAGCAAUCCGCAGCUUCAGCAGCACGAGUUUGAUCCCCGGCCGGCCAGGGAGCUACCCACUUGGUGCAGCAGACCUCUCCUGACUCGCCUGCUGCUCCCCUCAGCAGUGUACUUUGGUCAGUCUGCCUGUUCUGUUCCCCACUCUGUCUCUGGUGAAUCCUCUCACCUCCCACAUCUCUGACCUAUACCCCAGCUCUUGUAUGCGUAAAUAAAUAAAUCUAAAAAAAAAAAAAGAAUGUUCUGGUCAGUGGAUGUAGUCCCUGGGGUAAAGGUGGGCCCAAGCUUUGGCUUGUGAAAUACAGAGAAAAGAAGAACAAGGAGUCAACGUGGCAUAUCAGGGUUGUUGAUCUGGUUUGGGUCCCUGACUCAAGCCUCCAAUGUUUGUACUGAGAUGUAUAGGAUCUAAGAUGCAGGCAGUUCCUUCAACCUACUCAACAGAUG